UGUCCCCUUUUGCCUCAUGGGAUUGUAGAUGCUGAGAGAGAGAAGGCAGUUACAGAAGCAAAAAGAAAAGAACAAAUUAUUUUGAGAGAGAGAGAGAGAGAGAGAGAGGAAUUUAAAAGGAGGAAAGUGAAGGCUCGGAGGAUUCCAAAACAUCCAUACACUUUCUCUUCAUAGGCUAUUGUUGUCCCUUUACAAGCCACAAGGCCAGGCCUUUACAUUUCUUUCUCUAUCUUCAUGUGUUCAUCUUAUUAUAGGACACAGAAAAAACAAAACAAACAAUGAAGCUUCUUCUAAUCCUUGUUCUGCUGUUUCUUUUUCUCCAUGAGUUACCCAUUUGUUCUGGUUCCACACAACACCCUCUUGUUCCCUCCAUAUCAGCAUCUGUUUCCUCACCAGCACUCUCACCCACUUCUCCAAUUUCCACAUCAAUGGCUGCUUUCUCCCCAGGAAUUCAACUGGGACUCGAAGACGAAGAGGAUCAUAUGGAUGCACGCAAGAAAAUGCUAAUAGUACUAAUUGUUGCUUGCACUGCUCUUGCUUUAGCCAUUUUGUCAUUGUUAUGUUUCUGGAUUUACCAUAGGAAGUUCUCGCACAAAUCCCACAGAAGUUCUCGGAGCAAAGAUGCUGAGAAAGGACUGGCUUUAGCACCAUUUUUGAACAAAUUCAGCUCCAUAAAAACGGUUGGUAAGAAAGGAUCUGUUCCAUUGAUUGACUAUAAGCUACUAGAAAAGGCAACGGACAACUUUCGGGAUAGUAACAUCUUAGGCGUGGGUGGGUUUGGAUGUGUUUACAAGGCUAAAUUGGAUGAUAACCUGUAUGUUGCUGUGAAGAAACUUAACUGUGAAAGUCAGGAUGCCGAGUCAGAAUUCGAGAAUGAGGUCAAUUUGUUAAGCAAAAUUCAACAUCCAAAUAUAAUUUCCCUAUUGGGUUCCAGCGUUUACGGCGAGACAAGGUUUAUUGUUUACGAACUGAUGCAAAAUGGGUGUUUGGAAACUCAAUUGCACGGACCUUCUCAUGGUUCAGCAUUAACUUGGCAUAUGCGGAUGAAAAUUGCUCUUGAUGCAGCAAGAGGAUUAGAAUAUAUGCAUGAGCACUGCAGCCCGGCAGUGAUUCAUAGAGAUCUGAAAUCAUCUAAUAUACUUUUGGACUCCAACUUCAAUGCUAAGCUCUCGGAUUUUGGUCUUGCUGUAACUGAUGGGACCCAAAACAAGAACAACAUCAAGCUUUCAGGCACUUUGGGCUAUGUAGCCCCAGAGUAUCUUCUAGAUGGUAAAUUGACGGAUAAGAGUGAUGUCUAUGCUUUUGGAGUUGUGCUUUUGGAGCUUCUAUUAGGAAGAAGGCCUGUGGAAAAACUGGCACCAGCUCAGUGCCAAUCUAUUGUCACAUGGGCCAUGCCCCAGCUCACAGACAGAUCUAAACUCCCAAACAUCGUGGAUCCUGUAGUAAAAGAUACAAUGGAUCUUAAGCAUUUAUACCAGGUUGCUGCUGUAGCUGUGCUAUGUGUGCAACCAGAACCAAGCUACCGCCCACUUAUAACAGAUGUCUUGCACUCUCUCAUUCCUCUUGUUCCCGUGGAGCUUGGAGGCACACUAAGAGUUGCACAAGUAACACCACCUGAAGGCCCCCCAGCUAAUCAUUGAUAGAGGAUUAGAGAUACCCAGCAAUCUUGUUGCUUGGAUUGCAAAAAAAAAUUAAAUUACUGGGGAUCCGGAUCCCUGAUAGAGAACAACCAUAUGUUUUGUGAUGCGGUAUUACUGGGGUUCUCCUUCCAGUUAGAUUGCUCGGCCUACAUGAGUGCUUGAUGGUUUUGUUAGAGAACUAAAAGCUUUGGUUAGAUGGUGAAAGGAAGUUGGUGUGGUUGGAGUAGAAGAGUAUUGGAUUGUUUCUUACCUUUGUAAUUUGUAAAUGAAGCAGUUUAGUUCUUGAGUUUCUGAAAAUUACUUGUGCAUACGAGCGCAUCCAGAGAACAUUGAAUUAUUCAGCUGAUACGAUUUUUAUUUAUUAUUUA